UUUCCCUAUGCCAAUGCAAUAUACCGGCUUAUAACUCCUAACUUUCUCUCUCUUCACUCUUUCAGUUUCUCUCUCUAUUUUUUCUUUCACUUUCUAUCUCUUUCUUCUCUAUUCCUCUUCCACUUCUCUUCUCUCCUCUCCCAGGACAACCCAUUCGGAAAUAGAGAGGUUUAGAGAGAGAAAUAUUUAUAUAUAUAAAGUAAUAUAUAGGCAGUGUAGAGAGACAAAGCGCCGGAAAUGCUGGGUGAGCCAGUUCACUUCCGGCGAGGUUAAUAGGGAGAAGAGAGACAACUGAACGGAAAAUGCCAGAACCAGUUUUACCAUUUGAUGAAGAAGAGAGAUUUCUAGAGAUAGAGACGAAGACAGAGACUGAACCAGUGGUGGUUCAAGCUGUGUCUCUCAUCGGUCGGAGCCGAUCACAAGCCACCACACGGAGAGUGACUCCGACAACCACCGUCGCCACCGUUGAGAAAUCACUCCCCAACGGCGAUCUCUACACCGGGAACUUCUCGGGGAACACACCGAACGGAUCGGGGAAGUAUCUGUGGACCGACGGGUGUAUGUACGAGGGGGAGUGGAAGAGAGGAAAGGCCCACGGCAAAGGGAAGUUCUCGUGGCCAUCUGGGGCGACCUACGAGGGCGAGUUCAAGUCGGGUCGGAUGGAGGGAUCCGGUACCUUCAUCGGGUCCGACGGCGACACAUACCGUGGAUCGUGGUCGUCCGACCGGAAGCACGGGUACGGCCAGAAACGAUACGCCAACGGCGACUUCUACGAGGGGUGGUGGCGGCGAAACCUCCAAGACGGCCACGGGCGGUACGCGUGGAAGAACGGGAACGAAUACAUCGGCGAGUGGCGGACUGGGGUAAUCAACGGCAGAGGAACGCUGAUUUGGGCGAACGGGAACCGGUACGACGGCGUUUGGGAGAAUGGGGUUCCAAAGGGCCACGGCGUGUUCACUUGGGUCGACGGUAGCUGCUACGUCGGAAGCUGGAACAAAGACAUCAACAAUGGCGCCAAAUCGAAUCAAUUGCUCACCCAACAAGCCAUUCUCAAUGGAACUUUCUAUCCCAGCAACGCCAACAACAGCAACAGUUCGAGUGGGAAGGAACUGAAAGAACAGAAAAAAGGUUGCAAAUUGAAUCAGAAAUUGUCAAUCCCAUUGAUGGAUGAGAGUUGCGAGUUGUUGGUGGCGACGACCGCGACGGCGACGAAGAAGAGGUCGUCGGUGGACACGUCGAGAGGGAGCUGGACGGAGAGGAAUUUUCCGAGGAUUUGUAUUUGGGAAUCCGAUGGUGAAGCUGGUGAUAUCACUUGCGAUAUAAUCGAUAAUGUGGAGGCUUCGAUGCUUUACAGAGAUGGUUCUGGGUCGGAUCGUGAUGGGGUUAAGCAGUUUCGAAAGGGUCCAUGUUGUUUCACUGGGGAAGUGAAGAAACCGGGACAGACUAUAUCGAAAGGGCAUAAGAAUUACGAUUUGAUGCUGAAUCUCCAACUGGGUAUUAGGUAUUCAGUUGGGAAGCAUGCUUCGAUUGUGCGGGACCUUAAGCCUAGUGAUUUCGAGCCCAAGGAGAAGUUUUGGACUCGGUUUCCACCGGAGGGAUCAAAGAUGACACCGCCCCAUCAAUCGUGGGAGUUCCGGUGGAAAGAUUAUUGUCCCAUGGUGUUUAGACAUUUGAGGGGGCUAUUUCAAGUUGAUCCUGCGGAUUACAUGUUAGCUAUCUGUGGAAAUGAUGCUCUUAGGGAGCUUUCUUCUCCGGGGAAGAGCGGAAGCUUCUUUUACCUGACUCAGGAUGAUAGAUUUAUGAUUAAAACAGUGAAGAAAUCGGAAGUGAAGGUGCUUAUUAAGAUGCUUAUGAGUUACUACCAGCAUGUUCGUCAAUAUGAAAAUUCUCUUGUGACCAAAUUCUUUGGUGUGCAUUGUGUCAAACCAAUUGGUGGACUGAAGACGCGCUUCAUUGUGAUGGGCAACUUGUUCUGCUCAGAGUAUCGAAUCCAUAGGCGGUUUGACCUGAAGGGAUCAUCUCACGGCCGGACCACAGAUAAGCCUGAAGGGGAAAUUGAUGAAACCACUACCCUUAAGGACCUCGAUCUCAACUAUGUGUUUCACCUCCAACCAAAAUGGUUCCAAGAACUCAUAAAACAAAUUGAUCGAGACUGUGAGUUCUUGGAAGCCGAAAAAAUCAUGGAUUAUAGUCUUUUAGUUGGCCUUCACUUCCGUGAUGACAAUACGGUUGACAAAAUGGGGUUGUCGCCAUUUCUUUUGCGUAAUGGCAAAAAAGAGUCAUACCAAAAUGAGAAGUUUAUGCGUGGCUGUCGCUUUCUUGAAGCAGAGCUACAAGAUAUGGAUCGAAUUCUAGCUGGCCAGAAACCACUGAUCAGGUUGGGGGCCAACAUGCCUGCGAGGGCAGAGCAAAUGUGUCGUAGGAGUGACUUCGAUCAAUAUACACCGGGUCGAUUAAGUAGUUUGACCCCUUCACGCAGUGGUGAAAUCUACGAAGUAGUCCUCUAUUUUGGGAUCAUUGAUAUUUUGCAAGACUACGAUAUCAGCAAGAAGCUGGAGCAUGCAUACAAAUCCCUACAAGCCGACCCUACCUCGAUCUCAGCUGUCGACCCUAAGCUAUACUCCAAGAGGUUCCGAGAUUUCAUAGGUAGAAUUUUCAUUGAAGACAGGUAGCAGUGAGGCAAAAAAUGAAAAGAGAAGCCCUCCUCACGUGGCUCCGCGGAGGGUCCGGUUUAAGAUUUUGACUGUGGAAUUGGUUGAAGAGUCGCAAGUUGAAUUCGAAAUUCCACUUCGCGAGGGGAAUUACGGAGCCCUCUCACGGCUGCUGGAGGGUCCGACCAGGGCAUUGCAAAUGAGCACAAUGGUGACGGGUCGGAUUGGCAGCUUUGGGUUAAGAGUGUGUGCGCGCUCAUGGCUGAAUUUUGUGGAUCAGCCAUGGUGUCUAAAGAGUAUAGAGGGUAAGUUAUUUGUACAUUCAAGGUGAGGGAAAUUGGAUUAACAUAUAUAUUUUUUUGGGUUAAAUUUUUUUUUGUGGGAACCAAGGGGAAUGUGAAGAUUUGAAAGAUAGGUAUAGGGAACAGAGCUGAUGUUUCCCAGAGUCAGAGAAGAUUCAAAAAAUGGUUGUAGGCUUGGAAUAAGUAGAAGUGUACAGUUUAUAGAAAAUGAUAUGUUUAUGGAAUUAUGAAUAUUUUUGUGGAUUAAAUUAAAAAAAAAAAAAAUGUUUUUACUGCA